GACCAGUCUCGCCCCAGACUUGGCAGCGAGAAGACACGCCUUGCUCUGUGCAGCCACUCAGCGGGCAGCCUCCAGCAGCACCUUGGCCGUGUGUUGCGCCUCAGUUGCUCAAGGAACUUAACCGCAACACUUGCCGGCAAAGCUUGCGCUGCCUGCCGGGCUCGAGUUCACACCGAGCGUACGUAGACUUAGUGCUUGAGAGACAACGUUGGUGCGCCCUGAGAACAUGCCUGGGGUUCUGUCCUCCGCGUUGCGCCUCGGAGUGUGGGUGGCGGCCGCGCUCCUGGUGGCGAUGGCAGCGGUGGUGCAGGGCGCCGGGCACCAUCACAGCCACCCCCUCAGCCUCAACAACCGCCUCAACAUGAUGCUGGACCACGUCGACGCCUCCAUCUGGGACAAGAAGCAACGCUUGGGCGGCGAACACAGCUACGCGCCUGACGAAUUCGACGAUGACGGUGUUACUAUCGUGGAGUCUGACAUGGAGGCGGAGGAAACUCAGUUGGAGGAUAUGCACGACUACGUUAACAUCGCCCCAUGGAUCCGCCGCUCGCAGAACAUCCAGCCCAUCAACAUUAUAGACAAACAGAAUUUCAAGCGUGCCACGGAGAACGCCCAGCGAGUGAAGAUUGAGGGGAAGUGUGAGGUGCCCCAGCAGAGAUGCGAGGCCAUCCGCUCCUCCAACGACGCAGACAACGCCGUGUUCCUGCCCCGCUGCGCUCUGCUCCACCGAUGCUCAGAGGACUCCGGCUGCUGCUCCUCAGAUGACAAAAUAUGCGGCCCAGCUGAGAUAGAGACCGUGGAGCUGUUCUUCUAUGUCUUUAGGGACAUCCGAGCCACGAUAGAGGUGAUGACCUUUGUCAACCACACCCGCUGUGCCUGCCAGUACCGCAACGUUGUGAUUAAUAGUUGCAAGUGCCCACGCAGCUACCAACCGGUGUCUGUAGAUGGCCAGUGCAGCUGUGACUGUGACAUCACCCGCUCCAGGUGCCGCCGGUACAAGAAGGGCCGCCGUUACUUCUCCUCUGCUGAUGUUCGCUGUGUCUCAACUGGGGAAUGCGUCGCUCCCAACUGUGAGUACGGCCCCUUCCUUGUGCAGCAGCGGCGGUGCACCAAGCGAAGGGAACGAGAGCGGUACAUCACCAACAGAAAGUAAACAAACUGCUGUAGUUUCACCAACUCUCCAUCGACGCCGCUCGUCUGGGGAGGCACACCCUACGCGCGGUUGUCUGACUUUGAAUUUUCACUGUUGAGCCUUCACUGUCACCGCCUCGACUCAGCCUUGUACUGUACCGGAGUGUUUGGAAGAAUCGUCUUGGUAUGAGUGUACAGAGGUGAAGUAUGUGGUGCCGCUUCCGCGAGAUUGUUGAUUCUCAGGGUAGUAUCGUGCCGUUUCAAGUACCUGUUUUGGGUAAUGAUCAGUGUUAAGCUGUGUCGGAAUGGAACACAUUAUAUUAAUUUAUUAAGUUUCAUCGGUUUUUGUCAUGGGAACUACUCAGGUCUGUAUUCUCAAACGCGUCUACGUCUCAUCUCGACUAUUUUAAGCAGCCUCUAGUGAAAUUUAUUGUGGUUUUCAAGGGUAUUGGUAUGAUUCUAGUGAUUCCUCAUCAUCACUUGGAAAGAAAAUGCCCUUGAGUACCCGAGUAAUCAUCUCUGUGGCCUUUGGAGAUAGUCCUGAUGAAAGAACAAAGUGUUUCAGAAUACGACCCCUAGUACUGUUUGCUCUGCUACACAUACUUUUGAAUAUAUUCUACAUAUUUUGUCAGUUAGCCACUCGUAUAUUCAUGCUUUAGGUUUGGUAUACUGCUGCAAUAAUGACAACACAGACAGGAGCACUUUGGAUAGUGUUCCCGUGCACUUGGCCCCAACAGAUGUGCGGGACGAGGCGUUAGGGAAUCACGUGUAUAAAUUAUGAACACAACCGCACAAAAGACUUACAUAUACUAACCCGUAUGCGUUUCUUAUUGUGUUUAUAUAUGUAUAGAGGCAUGACCGGCUAGGUUUCUCCCACUGCCGGGUCAGGAAUGAUGUUGUUCUCAUUCCUCGGUACGGCGUGAGAGACCAUCCCGUCCUCUGACUUGCCGCUGAUGGAGGUCACGGGAGCACAGCUUCCUCAAUGUUUAUGUGCCUUUUAUCACACAUUUUCUACUCUACUGUAAAAUGUAAAACUCUAACCAUUCUUCUCUUUCUUAUAACAUAACUACAACUUUAUAGAGUUACAGAACAAGAAACAGAGACAAAAAUUGGGUAAGACAUACUCGUAUCUGAUUUCGCUCAGUAACGGCGCUCUCUGCUCUUCAACACUGAACUCCGGCCCGGGAGAAUGGAAAGUAGUGUGUGUGUGUGUGUGUGUGUGUGUGUGUGUGUGUGUGUGUGUGUGAAUCAGAAUAAUUAGGAUUGUAAAAAGUACCAUCUUGACUUCCUCAUCGUUUUUUUUUUCUUUUUUAAUCCAAGAAUAUGUUGUUAUCCUUGCAUUUUCUGUCUCUCUCCUAGAUUUAUUUCAAUUAUUUAUUUUUUAUUUAUUUAUUAAUUUAACAAUAACCACAGUAGUUUGUAAAUUAGUUGCCUACGACCCUUACUUGAGUCUAGCGUCGUGUGGUUGUCAUGGAAAUUUGUUAUUAUUAUUAUUAUUAUUAUUAUUAUUAUUAUUAUUAUUAUUAUUAUUAUUAUUAUUAUUAUUACUACUACUACUAUUAUUAUUAUCAUUUUUAUUAUUGUUGUUGUUGUUGCUAUUAUUAUUAUUAUUUUAUCUGAAUCCAAUCUUAGCUCAUUUAGCCACGUUGUAACGGAAAUUGUCAUACACUAAAGGACAUUGAAAUUUAAUUUUUCAUUGGUGUGUGUGUGUGUGUGUGUGUGUGUGUGUGUGUCGAGGAGUAAGCAAAUAUCUUAUAACCAUUAUUAUAUUUAAUAAAGUGAUAUUUAAAUUUUGUAAUGUAUUAUAUGACAUAUGGAAUCCGAAUAAAACACUGCAGAUUCACUAACACAAGA